GCGAGAGAAUUGGAGACCACGAUAGUUGUCAGUCAAUGAUGGCGGUGCAGGUGGAAAGUGUAACAUAGGUACGCAAAAUGUGUCCCCUUAGAUCAGACUGAGUGGAAAGCAAAAGCCGUUUCUAUUCCGACUAGUGUACAAUCCAACAAUGGCGAUGAUAACACCUUAUGAGAAUGCCAAAGGAUUUGUGCUGGGCCGUCCUCCGCUGGUUGUGUUUAUGGUCUGUUUAGCAGCAUUUGCUGUGGUUUUACUUUCUCUGGCAGUGUACAUGAAGACAAAUGAAGUAGAAAAUACAGAUGUUCAAAUAAAUUGGAACACAUUCCUCAAAAAUUUUGCUGAAAAUGAUUUUUGCAUGGAUGAAAACUUCACAGUCCCAACAACAGAACCCACACCAGUAGCCAACUCCCUUUCAUCACCUAACAAUUCACCAGAAAGGACUAGAAAUUAUUCUGUGGCCUUAUGGUUGACUGUGUGGCCCACCAUGGACUUCACAAGGUUUCACUACAAUCACUCCAGAUUACUAGCCACGUUGAGGGGGGAGGAUUUGGGAUUGAAAGGUCAUUUAGUGUCUGAGGAAGUAAAUGUGACAUUUGAAUUACCAUUUGACUGGAACCUUACUAACUGCCACAGUGCACGGAAGUGCGAUUCAGUCAGACUGCGCACUUGUGUGUAUUUUCAAGCAACUGCUCAAGUCUUUCCUGGUUAUAGGGCACCAGAGACGUGUAUUCCUUUAAAUGAAUCAAGCCAAGGCCCCUAUUCUCAUAUGACAAGUAGGAAGGACAAUACUUUCUUUAGACAUUUAUGGUGCAGUCAGCAUCCCAAAAUAGAAGUGCAAUAUGAAUGGGAUCCAACUCUCAACAUCAUGCUGUCCAUAGGUGAUAGAUCAGUGAUUAACUUGCACCUGAUGCACACAAGUUACUUCCUAUUUGUCAUGGUCAUCACAAUCAUGUGUUAUGCUAUAAUUAAAGGGAAACCAAAAAAUAAAACUAUACAAGUAGUUAAUGGAGGGUCAGUUUUGUAGGUGCCAGAGGGAACUCUAUGACAUGUAUAAUAAUUAACCAUUUAUGACCUACUAGAAAUUGGCUUUACAAGCAGGGAA